AUGGCCCUCCUGGCUCACACCCUGGCACUGCUGGCAAUGACCGUGGCAACUGCCAUUGCCAUCAAGGUGGUGCCCCUGGACAUGGCCUGGGACUCCUUCGAUGACCAGUACCGGGGCUGCAGCCCUGCCAUGAUCACGGCUCUGCCAUCCCUCUACGGCUUUGAGUACCAGAGGAAUCCUCACUUUGCCAGGGGCUGGUAUCAUGCGGAUGCUGAAUGGCGCAAGCGGGGCUCCCAUGUGUCCCCUCUGGCGUCCCCAGCCCAGGCCGUGGCUGUCAUGGCCUACACAAUGAAGUACCUAUACAAGGAGUUCAACGCGGCCGUGCGCACAGCCGGGCACUCCAGCCAGGAAUACCGGAACAACUUCCACUUCAAAGCGCUGCAUUUCCUGCUGACCGAUGCCCUGGGGACCCUGAGGCACGCUCAGAAGGGGAAGUGUCACCACGUGUUCCGGGGCGUGCGGGGCAUUCAUUUCAAGACACGGCAUGGCCAGAAGGUCCGGUUUGGUCAAUUCACAUCAACGUCGCUGAGCAAAGAGGUCGCCCAGAAAUAUGGAACAGACACCAUAUUUGAGGUUCACACGUGCCACGGCGUGGACAUCCAGGCUUUUUCCUAUGAUCCUGGCAACCGUGAGGUGCUGAUCCCACCCUUUGAGACCUUCAAGGUCACCAAAGUCACCCAGAAUGGGCAGAAGACAAAGAUCAGUCUCCGCUCCACUGGGACCUUCAGCAAACACAACUGCGCGUGGCUGUGA